CAGCCUCUGGAUAACUUCUCUUUGUGUCUUUCAACUUGUCCUUCAUCAAACCAUCGAGAUGCACAAAGAAGGUUCAAUUGUCGUUGUUGGAGCUGGCGUUUUCGGCCUGUCGACGGCUCUGGAGCUCAAGCGUCGCGGCUACGGCGACAUCACAGUCCUCGACCGCCAUCUUCCACCAGUCCCUGACGGCUCAUCGGUCGACAUAUCGCGUAUUGUCAGACCAGAUUAUGCAGAUGAGUUCUAUGCUCGAAUGGGCGUUGAAGCCCUCGAGGUCUGGCAGAAGGAAUACCCCGCAUUCUUUCACCGCAGCGGGCUUCUUUGUGCCCAGUCCGGAAGAGAGUUCGGAAAUGCUUACCUCAAAGAAGCUCGAGAGAAUCUGGAGAGAAUAGGAUGUAAAGCCACCUUGUGGUCCUAUACAGGGGAGGAAGCGACUGAGAGGUAUCCUGGCAUCCAUGGCGACUUGUCUCAGACUAGUGGCUAUUGCAACCUUGAUGCCGGAUGGGCGGAUGCUGCAGGCAGUAUCAAGCACCUGGCAAGUCUUUGCGAAAUAGCUGAUAUCAAGUUCCUGACAGGAGAAAGAGGUACUGUGACCGAGCUGAUUUCAGCCGAUGCCGCCGGUCGCCAGACGAUCACUGGUGUGCGAACAGCCGAUGGCGAGGCCACGGCCGCAAACACAGUCAUUCUGGCUACUGGAGCAUGGACACCACAUCUGAUCGGAGCUGGCAAUCGUUUCUUGUCUACUGGCCAACCUGUAGGCUACUUGAAACUUGCGCCCGAAGAAGCAGCCGAGAUGCAAGGCGGCCCUGUCAUGAUCAACCUGAGCACUGGCUGGUUUGCUUUCCCACCCACGGAUGACCACACCUUGAAGAUGGCAAGACAUGGCUACGGCUUCGAGACCACUCAUACAUUAGACUCGACUCGAUACUCAGCGCCCAGUGUGGCUUCCCAGUGUGAAUAUCUACCAGCCGAUGCAGAACAGGCUCUCAGAGAUGGUCUGGCGCUCUUUCUCCCGAAAUUCAGGGAUCGACCAUUCUCGAAGGCGAAGUUGUGUUGGUACACAGAUACACCCAAAGGCGACUUUAUCGUGGAUUAUCACCCUGAGUACACCAAUCUUUUCAUCGCUACUGGUGGCAGCGGACACGCGUUUAAAUUCCUUCCCAUACUCGGGAGUUAUGUGGCCGAUAAUUUUGAGGGUACAGCUUCGGAAGAACAGAGGAAAAAAUGGGCAUGGACGGAGUCUGCUGAGCCCAUCAUGCCAGGAGAUGGUAGUCGUGGUGGGCCAGCUCGAAGAGUGCUGACGAAGGAAGAGCAGGCAAAACUGUUUUAGCUCAUCACGAUAGUCUCUCACGAGUCGUUCCGAACAGGAACUUGAUUGAUGUGAUGUAAGAAAAGCAUAGUGAAAAAUAAAAAAACCAUAACGCCCGAGGC